CCGGCGCCCAUGACGAAACUGGCAAGGGUAGGGGUAUUUGCUGGCGCUGGAGAUGCCGAGGCUGUUUGGGCGGGGUCAUGUGACGCUUCGGCAGUACUCCGUAAGUGCUGCGGGCGAAGCUUCACUUUUCUGCUCAUCUCCGAGCAGUUCGGUAUUUCAUCUUUAGCCUCUGGUCGUCUACUCCCUUUUAUGGAGAAAUUCCUGCCGGAGCAUCUUCAGAAAAUGAAGCUCGGUAACUCUCGAAAGCAUCAAGCCGGAGAUUACCUUUCCUUCCCAUGAAUCUUCUUCUAAUCCCCACAAUGAUUUAUAUGCAAGAAUCGUCUCUUCUGUGCUCUUCUCUCGGUCACUGGUCAUACCACCCCCGAUAAACAAUCCGACUCCCAUACACCUCCCCCUUCUUCAGCACGACCUGCCCCCUCCACUCCGGCACAUUAACCGCAUUAACAUACCUACUCGGCUCAACACAAAAGCCG